UCCCCUCCCCCACCCGCUACAUGCUCCAGCGAAUAAUACAUCGACAUCGUACAGUGUUUUCCCGUCCAAUGACGAUUAUUCAGACUUCUGAACUUUGCUGAUGUAAUUUAUGUAAUGAGGACUGACGCGCGAAUACGAUUUGAGAUCAUUUACAAAAACAAAAUGUCGCCAAAUUAAGCAAGUAGAGAGAGACACUUCUGUGCACGCUUCUUCCUCACUUCGAUCGCCAUCUUGACGGUUUUGGCCUGUAACGGCUGCAACGCCCUCACACGAUCGUUCUUGAAAAACUAAGGUAUGUGUUCUCGCCACAGCGCUAGUGAAGUCAAAACAGUACAGCUCAAUAUUAAUGGUCUCAGAAAGAACUUCUUAUACCUUGGUCUAUUCCACUCCACAAGUAGAACAGUUGAUGCUUUUCAAAACUCACUUUUAAACAGCAAUAUAUGUCAUUCCAGAAUCUGAUGUGUUAGCGGCAUCUCUGAUAGCUGAUCUCAAGUGAGAGUAGCAACCAUGAGCACUAUCAAAGAAAAAAAAACAUCACAAAUAAAGCUUGAAGCUACUUCGAGUGAGACAAUCACAGAUAUUCAAAACUAUUUAGACAAUUUUAAUAAAGAAAUCCAGACAGGAGAUGGAACAACUAUUCAACCUCUUACAGAUGUUCAAACAAUAGUGCCUGAUCCUGACACUCCAAGCGAUGGAACCUACUUCAUGGAUGAGAAUGGUCAAUACUAUUUUCAGUCUAACCCCAACGAAAAUCCUGUACUUGUUUCUGGCAUUCCAAAUGCUGCACCUGCUUCAAGUAGUCAAACAACAUAUGUUGCAAUGCAACCCCAAGAUAAUCAAAAUCAAAGUGGUACUGUGGCGUCUCUUCAAACUGUUCAAGAUGGACAACGGAUGAUUUUGAACCCUGGUGAUUCUUACCAGACUGUCACCAUUGUUCCAUCUGACACUAACCCUGGUGAAGUGAGUUAUGUUCUGAUAGUACAACAGCCUGAAGAUGAAAAAGAAGAUGAAGAGGAUGAGGAUAAGAAUGAGGAUCAAGAUCUCACAGUGUAUGACUUUGAUGAGGGUGAAGAGGGAGGCCCCAGUUUGGAAUCGGGAGAUGAAGAUGAUAAAACAAAGAUUGUAAAGAUAAUGCCAAAGAAAUCUCAGACUGUUACUCAAGCUCAUAUGUGCAAUUAUUGCAACUAUACCAGUCCUAAAAGAUACCUCCUAUCUCGUCACAUGAAAUCUCAUUCAGAAGAACGACCUCACAAAUGCAGUGUUUGUGAAAGGGGCUUUAAAACCCUUGCCUCUCUUCAAAAUCAUGUUAACACCCACACUGGAACAAAACCACACCGCUGCAAAUUCUGUGACAGCAGUUUCACUACAUCAGGUGAACUUGUUAGGCAUGUUCGGUACAAACAUACCCACGAGAAACCUCACAGAUGUAGUGUUUGUGACUACGCCAGCGUGGAGCUGAGUAAAAUGAGGAACCACAUGAGAUGCCAUACAGGUGAAAGGCCCUAUCAGUGUCCACAUUGUACUUAUGCCAGUCCAGACACAUUCAAAUUGAAGAGGCAUCUCCGAAUACACACUGGUGAGAAACCCUAUGAGUGUGAUUAUUGCCAUGCAAGAUUUACUCAAUCCAAUAGUUUAAAGGCACACAUGUUGAUACACAGAGAAGAAGUCGGAGAUAAGCCAGUCUACAGAUGUGAACUGUGUCCUACUACAUGUGGUCGUAAAACUGAUCUCCGAAUCCAUGUCCAGAAGUUGCACACUUCUGACAAACCCUUAAAGUGCAAAAGAUGUGGUAAAACAUUCCCUGAUAGAUACACUUACAAGGUUCAUAACAAAACUCAUGAAGGAGAAAAAUGUUAUAAAUGUGACUUGUGUCCUUAUGCAUCAAUAUCUGCUAGACAUCUGGAAUCUCACAUGUUAAUCCAUACUGACCAGAAGCCAUAUCAGUGUGAUCAAUGUGAUCAGUCAUUCCGUCAAAAGCAGCUUCUGAAGAGACACCAAAAUCUUUACCAUAACCCUCAGUAUGUACCACCCUGCCCCCGUGAGAAAACACAUGAAUGCUCUGAAUGUGGGAGAACCUUCCGGCACAAAGGGAAUUUAAUUCGUCAUAUGGCAGUGCAUGACCCUGAUGCAACAACACAAGAGAAAGCUAUGGCACUCAAGUUAGGAAGACAGAAGAAAAUACAAAUAAUUGAUGGCCAACAGGUGGAAGUUAUGCCAGAAGAUGGUGAUAUGGAAGAUGAAGAUGAGGAUGAAGACGAUGAAAAUAGUGGUCAAGGAAUGAUGGCUGUGGAGGGCUCUGAUGGACAACAGUAUGUUGUUCUGGAGGUCAUUCAACUCCAGGAUGGUGACGGACAGGAACAGGCUCUAGCUGUUGUUACUGGUGAUAAUAUGGCUCAUAACGCUAUCAAUAACCAAGGAGAUGAUGAUAGUGAUAGUGGAGAGCUGAUAACUGGGCAUCAUCCUCCUUUGACAGAGGAACAAAUGUUACAAGUUCAAAAGAUGGAGACCCAGCACAGUAGAAAAACUAUGGACACCAAAAGUGACAUGCAGAAUUGUUUUGGCUUUGAUUAUUUAAGAAUUACAAUGUACAAAUCAACUCUUGUAUUUAAUUGUGUGAAACUUGUGUCAUAGUCAAUUGUAUUAGGCAAAGAUCAUGGUGAUAAAUUGGAUGACUGCCAUUGUUUCAUAGUGUAACAUAUGAUCAAACAUGUUUUGAAGUGAUAGUGUAUCAGGCAUGGUAAUAGACUAAGGAUUUUCUUGAAAAUAAUUUAUUUCUAUUGUUCAUUGGCAUACACAUAUGUUUAUGUACAAAUGAUAAGAAAUUACUUAAUAAAUAAUUAUUAGCCUUACUUAUUA